UCCGCACUCCAAACACCGCUGUCCUCGCAGGGGCCCUGAAGCCAGAGGAGCGCCAGGAUGUCUCAGGCGCCCGCCGCCCUGCUGCUUCUCCUCCUCUCCAUCAACAGCGCCCUGGCCCUAAGGAUCUGCUCCUUCAACGUGAGGUCCUUUGGGGAAACCAAGAAGGAAAAUCGGAACACCAUGGAUGUCAUUGUGAAGGUCAUCAGGCGCUGUGACCUCAUACUCCUGAUGGAAAUCAAGGACAGCAACAACAUGAUCUGUCCCAUGCUGAUGGAGAGGCUGAACGGAAAUUCAAGAAGAGGCAUAACAUACAACUACGUGAUUAGCUCUCGGCUCGGAAGAAACACAUAUAAAGAACAGUAUGCCUUUCUCUACAAGGAAAAGCUAGUGUCUGUGAAGAAAAGAUACCUCUACCAUGACUAUCAGGCUGGAGACGCAGACGUAUUUUCCAGGGAGCCCUUUGUGGUCUGGUUCCAGUCACCCCACACUGCUGUCAAGGACUUCGUGAUUGUCCCCCUGCACACCACCCCUGAGACAUCCGUUAAAGAGAUUGAUGAGCUGGCUGAGGUCUACGUGGACAUGAAACGCCGUUGGAAGGCGGAGAAUUUCAUUUUCAUGGGUGACUUCAACGCCGGCUGCAGCUACGUCCCCAAGAAGGCCUGGAAGAACAUCCGCCUGAGGACCGACCCCAGAUUUGUUUGGCUGAUUGGGGAUCAAGAGGACACCACGGUCAAGAAGAGCACCAAAUGUGCAUACGACAGGAUUGUGCUUAGAGGACAAGAGAUCGCCAGCUCUGUUGUUCCCAAAUCAAACAGCGUCUUUGACUUCCAGAAAGCUUAUGAGUUGACUGAAGAGGAGGCCCUGAAUGUCAGCGACCACUUUCCAGUUGAAUUUAAACUAUGGUCUUCAAGGGCCUUCACCAACAGCAAAAAAUCUGUCUCUCCAAAGAAGGAAAAAAAGGCCAGUUACUCCUAGAUACAAGGGUGCCAUUUUAUUAACCAUUUCUUGCCUCUAAAUAAAACAGCUCCACCACGUAUGAACUGCUCCUUGCACUCAGGACACAAGACUGGUCCAGCUGCUUUCGUUUUUCACCUUGAAUUUAAUCCAACUUG